AGCCCGUGGGGCGCAGAGUAGGAGCACCGCGGCUGACCGACGACUGGCCCGGACAGCGUGGGAGACUCGGAUUCGGCCUGCGACGCCCCCGCAUGCGUCGGCCGGCUCGGUAGCGGCGGCCCCCAUGCUGCUGCAGCCCACGUGCGCCCCAAACGUGUUCCCGCGGCCGUCCGCCGCCCCCAGCGCCAUGCACGGCUCGCAGAAGGACACCACGUUCACCAAGAUCUUCGUGGGCGGCCUGCCUUACCACACCACCGACGCAUCGCUCAGAAAGUACUUCGAGGGCUUCGGAGACAUCGAGGAGGCCGUGGUCAUCACCGACCGCCAGACCGGCAAGUCCCGCGGCUACGGCUUCGUGACCAUGGCGGAUCGGGCAGCAGCUGAUAGGGCUUGCAAAGACCCUAACCCUAUCAUCGAUGGCCGCAAGGCCAAUGUGAACUUGGCCUACCUGGGUGCCAAACCUAGGAGCCUGCAGACUGGUUUUGCCGUCGGUGUACAGCAGCUACACCCCACCUUGAUCCAGCGCACCUAUGGGCUGACUCCCCACUACAUCUACCCGCCAGCCAUCGUGCAGCCCAGCGUGGUGAUACCUGCCACCCCUGUCCCGUCACUAUCCUCGCCCUACCUUGAGUAUACACCAAGCAGCCCAGCCUAUGCCCAGUACCCUCCAGCCGCCUAUGACCAGUACCCGUACGCCGCCUCGCCUGCCACAGCCACCAGCUUCGUGGGCUAUGGCUACCCAGCUGCCAUGCCCCCAGCCUUGUCUGCCGCUGCCCCUGCAGGCACCACCUUCCUGCAGUACCAGGCGCCUCAGCUACAGCCUGACAGGAUGCAGUGAGGCGCGUCCUGCCUAGGCCACAGCCACCACCUUCCAGCCUCAGGAGCCACCAGCACUUGGGUCUCCUCAGGCCCCUGGGCCCACUUGCCAAGGGCACCAGACAGCAUCUUCUCCAGCCCAGGCCCUGCUGUGCCUUGAGGAAGGCCAUGAGAAGUAAGGGUACACUCUUGGGAAUCUCUGCAGCCACUCCAUGCCAGGUGCCUUACUCUGGGACGUGUACAGACGUCUGCCUUCCUCUCUGGGAACCCCGCCCAUUGCCCUUCAGUCAAAGCACUGUGCCAUGUCCUGUUGGGAUUGUUCUACGAUGAAGGCAAGACCAUCAUCACCAAGAACUCCAAAUCUGUUUUUUACUUAGAGACUGGCUUUGGUCAGUAGCUCCCUUUGGAGACAAUGACAGUAUUCCUCUGUGACAGUGUCACUGAUGGAAUGCCUGGAGCUACCCCCUUUCCCAUGGGGUGGCCAUCGCCAGACCACAGCCCUGCAGGGCCCUGGGCCCCUGUCUGUCUGAUGCUGCCCACCUUACCUGCAGAGGUGCCCGUCAGGGCGAAUUCUCAGGUGUCUGUUGCUGUGCCAUUGAGGCCUUCUUCCUGGCCCUGCACCCUCUCGGCAGGCUCUGUGCCCGCCCAUCCACCCUCCUGUAGUCACCUGCGUGCCAGUCUGGGAGCAUGACCUGGCAGCACAGAGGGAGAAGUCCCGCCCGUGUCUGGAAGGGGUGCAGUGGGCAUCUCUGGCAGCAUGGGCUGCCCGCAGGCUGGGCAGUGGGUCCUUCCACACCUACCUCAGGGAGCCAGUGUGAAGGCCCUCAGCAGCAUGCCUGCUCCUCAGCCCAGAGGACAGAGGGAGUAAUGUUAUAAUAAUAUUUUUAUUAGAAUAUUCUGAUUAUAAAAAUAAAACUUGUUUUCUUUAAAGAGAAA